AUCAACCGUCACCGCGUAACGGUCCUUCACACUGCGAGGAGAGGGCAGCGAGACAGCAGGAGGGUUAAGCGUUUCACCUGUUGCUGGUCAUUUUGAAGCUGUACGUGUUACGUCUUUGGGAAAUCCUCAAAUGAAGCUUGUUAAAGCCAAAGAUCCUGCAGAUCUAAGGAAUACAUCAGGGUCUAGGGAUGCCACUAAGCCCAGGCCGCAAGAAGGUUCCAGAGAUGACGGGAGAUCCAUGGACUCUGUACGUGUUACGUCUUUGGGAAAGCCUCAAAUGAAGCUUGUUCCAGCCAAAGAUCCUGCAGACCUAAGGAAUACAUCAGGGUCUAGGGAUGCCACUAAGCCCAGGCCGCAAGAAGGUUCCAGAGAUGACGGGAGAUCCAUGGACUAUUCUUCACAGGUACGUCUUUUAGCAAGAAUAGAAUGGCGUAACUCCAGGAAACGCAUCUGGAAUGUUUUAGACAGGACCCAAAAAGGUCAGGUUAUAAGUAAGUUCAACACAGAAGAAAAAGGAAAAAAGAAGAAGAGAAAAUUAGGUGGCACUGCUGUGUACAAUACUUUAAAGGAGAAAGUGGGCGUGUACAUAAAUAGAGUCAUCCGGUCGCUUUCGGUUUAUUUGCGUCCACCGUCAAGCUCGGUUGUACGAGUUGCAAAGAUGGUGGACAGACAGCAAGGUGCCUCUUUUAGCAAAACCGGUACACCGAUGGAUGGGGUGUUUCAUAGCCAGUUCGAAGAGACAGUUCGUCCUUAUAUCGACCUGAUUGACACGCUGAGGGAAAUCGGGGUUGGAGAAGAUAUCUCCCUCCCGAGUAUAGCAGUGAUUGGAGAUCAGAGCUCUGGGAAAAGCUCUGUGCUGGAGGCACUGUCUGGGGUGGCGUUACCCAGAGGGAGUGGUAUCAUUACCAGAUGUCCUCUGCAGCUUAAGCUGAGGAAAAUCAAGAAUGAAGUCAAAUGGCAAGCAGUCCUGUCUUACAAAGACACGAGCAUUAAGCUUGAAGACCCAUCACAGGUUGAGGGUUGUGUGUCGAAAGCCCAGAAUAUGUUGGCUGGUGAUGGAGUUGGAAUAUGUGAUGACCUCAUCACUCUGGAGAUCAUGUCUGCUAAUGUUUGUGACCUCACACUGAUCGAUCUGCCUGGCAUUGCACGAGUUCCUGUACAGGGUCAACCUGAGGAUAUCGGAGAUAAAAUCAAAAACCUCAUACGAAGAUUCAUAGAAAAAAAUGAAACCAUCAAUUUGGUUGUGGUCCCUUGCAAUGUUGACAUUGCAACAACUGAGGCACUGAAGAUGGCACAGGAGGCGGACCCUGAAGGGAGGAGAACUCUGGCUAUUCUUACUAAGCCAGACCUUAUUGACAAAGGCACAGAAAAAAUAAUAUUGAAAAUAGUCAGAAAUCAGGUUAUCCCUUUAAGCAAAGGAUACAUCGUUGUUAAGUGCCGUGGCCAAAGGCAGAUUGAGGAUGGAACGUCUCUGGAGCAGGCUAUUCAAGAGGAAAUAGGCUUCUUCAAAAACCAUGAAUUCUUCAGGUGUCUGCUUCAAGAGGAGAAAGCAAGUGUUAACUGCCUUGCUACAAAACUGACUCAAGACCUGGUUGAUCACAUUAAAAAAUCACUGCCUCUGCUCGCAGACGAGAUAAAUAAACAGCUGCGGAACUCAAGAGCCGAGCUGAAUCACUACCAUAAGGUCAGCCCACCUCUGGAAACAGAAAACCUGAAGGAGUUCUUCAUUGGUAUCAUGAUCAAGUUCAAUGAGAAAAUCAACCGCAUGGCAUCUGGAGCAGCUGGUUAUAGGGACAAUUUAUUUGUUCAGCUUAAUUCAGAAUUCAAACAGUGGAAAGAACAGCUUGACUGUACAAAGUCAUCAUUUCAUCAGGUGGUCCAGGAUGUGGUGGAUGAUUACGACCUGAAGUACAGAGGAAGGGAGCUGCCUGGCUUCAGUGAUUAUAAUGUGUUUGAGAUGGUGGUGCAGAGACUUGUGAUCGAAUUGAAGGAACCAGCCAUUGACAGACUCAGAGUAAUAAGAGAAAUCAUCCAGGAACAGUUCUUAGAUGUGUCAGAAAAAUGUUUCCCCAUCUAUCCUCAUCUCCAAAAUGUUGCCAUGAACAAGAUAGAAGACAUUCAGUUAAAGCAAGAAGAAAAGGUGGAGCAGAGGAUCAUGGAGCAGUUUGAGAUGGAGAAACUGCUCUACACUCAGGAUGAAAUCUACUUUAAAACCUUGAACGAGAUCCAUUCUUCUGGGGAACUAGCUUCAGAGGACAGAUAUCCAGGGCUAGAGAGCAGGAACAAGUAUCCUGAAAUGCUGAAAGCUUAUUAUGAGAUUGUUGUGCAGCGGUUGGCUGACCAGGUGCCCAUGCUGAUCCGAUACUUCAUGCUAAAGGAGUCUGCUCAUCUGCUCUGCACUGAGAUGCUGGGGUUAACAGAUUGCGCCAACAUAGCUGAGGUCCUUCGUGAGGAGUCGGACAUCAGCAGACGCCGCAUUACCACGCAGGCCCGCAUAGAACGCCUCACCAUUGCUCAAAAGAAGCUAAGAAACUUCAUUUGAGGAAGACGACCCUGGCAACAGCUCACACUAUAGUAAAAGAGGGAAGACACUAUGAAUUAUUUAGAUGCAACAAUAGCAAUGACCUUUUUGCUUUUAAAAAGAUAAACUGUUCAUUUUAUGUCUGUUUACUGUUGGAUUGUGAUGUUUGUUCAGCCAGGUACAGACAGACUGAAGUUUCUGUUCAUAUAUAAAUUUUCCAUUUUUCAUUUUUCAAAAUUUUUCAUUAGUACCAUUUUUUGGUUUGCAUUUUUAGUUUAGUUUGUCUUAAGGGUGCAUUAUAGUUUUGUAUAGAAAACAUUAUAGUUUUAUAUUAUGAGGUGCAUUAUAGUUUUAUUUUGUUUUUCUGAAAAGCUUUAUAUUCAUUUUUAUGCAGUGUUUAGUUUUAGAAUUAUGAUGAAAGCUUCGAUAGGAUAUGUUCUGUAGGAUAUAAGCGAUAAACACUUUAAAAUGCAUGAUCUCUAUAUAACCUUCAUUAAUUAUUUGUGAGAUUUAUGUAUUGAAUGCACAUACUCAAAUCUUGUUAACAUCCUCAUCUGUGUGAAUAUAAACACAAAUAUGCCUUGUGGUGUAUGUAUAGAUAUCCCUAUUCUCACACUGAUUGUCUUCAAAGCUGUGUGGGCUAACAGUAUUGUAUUAAUGAAAGUGUGUAGCUAAGACUGGCCUUUCUUUGUAGUGAUACAGUUAGUGGAUAGGGUGGGCUAGUCUGCAUCAAGUAACACUCAGUCUGAAAAUGAGGCUCGCCAGCCUUGUGUUUUUGUGCUGUUUUUGUGUUGUUGAAAAUUGUCAUCUUUAUUUUUAUUACACUUAACAAAAGCUUUUUUUUCCUGCCCUUUUUCGUUUGUGGUUUGACUCUCUUCUUCACUACACCAGAGAUACUUAGAGCCUGUUAUUGCUAGAGAUGAUUAGGUGCAUGGCUUAGCUAAGAGUAUAACUUAACUUAGGUGUUUGAAUAGGCUGAAUGAAGCAUGUAAACAGUGAAAUGAUUAUAAACAAAUAAAAAUGAUUACUGGAAAUGAUUA